GGCUGCGCUGGCCGGCGUGCGCGGGGAAGUCGGGGGGUCCACGGCGGCGGCUCUAGGCAGGCCGCGGCGCCAUGGGGGGACGGUAGUGGCCAGGGCGGCGGGCGAGGCGAAGCGAGAGGCGAGGCGGUGCUCGUCGUCUGGUCCGCGGCGACCUUGAGCCGGGCCCGGGGGUGGUGGCGGUAGGCAAGCCCGGGGCGGGGGGUCGUCCCGGGCUGCGCGGGGCCGGCCGGGGUGCUUGAGGCCUCCUGGGUCGUCGCCCCCGCCGCGAGGAGCCGCCGCUGGCCGCCGGGCCCCAGCGCCGGGCCGCUCGACGACGACGCUCCCGCGGGGGCCCCGCCUGAGGAGGCCGCGGCGGCGGCGGCGACGAGGCCGCGGGAGGCCGCGGAGGAUGGAGGAGCGGAAGGAGGAGGGAGAGGCCGAGAUCCAAGAGCACGGGCCCGAGCACUGGUUCUCUAAGUGGGAGCGUCAGUGCCUGGCCGAGGCCGAGCAGGACGAGCAGCUGUCCCCGGAGCUGCAGGAGGAGGCGGCGGCGGCCGCGCAGCCCGAGCACAAGCAGCAGAAACUGUGGCACCUCUUCCAGAACUCGGCCACCGCCGUGGCCCAGCUCUACAAAGACCGUGUGUGUCAGCAGCCAGGACUUUCUCUCUGGGUUCCCUUCCAAAACGCAGCCACCGCGGUGACCAAUCUCUACAAAGAGAGCGUGGAUACCCAUCAACGAAGUUUUGAUAUUGGAAUUCAGAUUGGCUAUCAGCGACGCAAUAAGGAUGUGUUGGCUUGGGUCAAAAAACGCAGAAGAACUAUUCGCAGAGAAGAUCUGAUCAGCUUCCUGUGUGGCAAGGUUCCUCCACCACGCAAUUCUAGAGCUCCCCCACGAUUGACUGUAGUGUCCCCUAACCGAGCUACUUCAACGGAAACUAGCUCAUCUGUAGAGACUGAUUUGCAGCCCUUCCGGGAAGCCAUAGCUCUGCAUGGUCUUAGUGGUGCAAUGGCUAGUAUAAGCGUGCGUUCGAGUACCCCAGGCUCUCCUACACAUGUAAGCAGUGGAUCGAAUGCUAGUCGAAGGAGAAAUGGACUCCAUGAUGUCGAUUUGAACACUUUCAUAUCAGAAGAAAUGGCACUCCACUUGGACAAUGGUGGAACUAGAAAGCGUACCUCAGCCCAGUGUGGCGAUGUCAUUACAGACUCACCAACCCAUAAACGCAACAGAAUGAUCUAAACCGCAGACAUUUUCACACCCACCAUGCUGCUUGAAAGCCACUUGAUCCUCAACAUAUACUAUGAUUGCAAAGGAAACAUGAGGCCAUCUUCCCUUGUUCACUGUUUAAGACAAGUGAAUUCUGUAGUGGUUGCCAUAAAAGGAAGUUGUAGGUAUUUCCAGUAGAUGCCUCUUGUAACUAUGGCUUUCUUCAAACUAUAAUCCUAGCAGAGGACAUCAGAUAUCCUGUAGUCGUUAGCAAGAUCAUCAUAGGCAAACAUAUAUCCGUUCCAAGGCAAAAAGUGACCUUAACUGUAUUUAUUCUCAAAGGGAAAGAAAAUAUCAGAUGUUUAUUUGGUUAUAGAAUGCCUUUUUUGUUUUGUCCAUUGCCUGCUGUGUUGAGUAUUUUUUGCUUCAACAGUAUUGCCAGGUUCCUAAAAUUGUCUAAAAAUACGAUUUGGCUUCACUGUCAAAUCAUUAGGCUUCCAUUCUUGCAGUGGCACUGUACCUUGCACCUGGUUCUGUAUUACAGUGUGCAACUUCUAGUUAUUGACUUUGCCCACAUUUAAGUUUUUCAACAGUUUCUCAAUUCUGGUGAUUGUGUGAUGUAAAGAGGUGCUAUGAUGGCCAUGCAAGUAAUACUUAAAUCAAUACAAAGAACUUUAUUGGACUCACUUGUGUGUGUUAGUGCUCUAAAAGUAGCAAUAUUACUCACCUGCCCCAGAUUCACCCCCUAGGCUUAAAAUACUCAGUUUUAAGACAAGUACUACUUCCUAUGCAGGAUAUUUUCCUCCUGGUAAAUGUCAACAUGUAGCCGGCAUUCAGGGUGACCUGAAAGAGAGGUCAUGAACUUUGAGAAUGGGCUUCCUUUUAGGGCAGUGUCAAGUGAGCGGGAGAUGGAUGGGGAGGGAGGGCGGGUGCUGGGGCUUUCACACUCUGCCAUUCUUCAUGGACACCCUGUUUUGUGCAGUUCCAUGGUCACAGAUGGAAGAUGAUAAAGACCUAUUUUAUCUGCUGGAACGAUCACAACUUAACAAAAUCCAGCUCCCCCUGUCUCCCAGCCCCGCUCCUGAAAGGCGCAGUGGAAAGUCUCAUUCUGGAAAAGAUGGAAUCGCAUGGAGGUUGUCUAGAUGUUAGGUGAACCUAAAUAGAAGGUCCCAAUAGGUUCCUCUUUGGAGUGUGAGAUCUCUUGUAGCUACGGUGUUUUAGAGCAUGUUUCACCUUCAUUUUUAAUACCUUGAACUGAACGAUAGUCUUUUUAGAUGAAGAACUGAUGUCAGCCUGCCAGGUACUGUAAUUUACUCUAUCAUAUUAUAGUAUAUAUCAAGUAGGACAGUGAAAAAUGUUUCCUUGCAAACUUGUAGUCCAGGAUCAGUUACUUCCUAUUUUUAUCCUUAAAUGACCAUUGCAAAUCAGUGUAAGGGUUUUUUUUUUUCUGGUAAUUACUCACAGCACUUUGUUAAAGUUUGCAAUUUCUUUAGCUAUUUAAUAAUAUCUUUCUGUGAAGAAACUUUGCUAAGUUAACCAUAAUAUUCAUUGACUGGGUGAGAUGUGAAUGGAAUAUUAGAAAUGUGUGAAUUGAAGUUCUGUAAUCCUUAUAGAUAUAGCCCUUAUUUAAAGAAGUGAAUUCCAUACUAAAACUAGCUAUGAAAGUGAGGUAUUUCUAAAUUUUUGCGAAAUGGGUAUUUUUUUUUUUUUCCUGGUUUGAACAUAACAAUAGCAGGAAGAAUUCUAGCAAUCUGUCAUUUACCCGAGUCGGACCAGCCUGUGUGGCCUAACGGCUCCCGAGGGAGUCCAGCAGGAGAUGCGCUGGGUUGUCUUUGUUUAUCCUUGUGACUGGGGCUCUAGAGCUGGGGUGCUGGGGCGAUGCUUUGCUCCCAGGCAGCCGGAGCUCUGGUUCCUGCGGGACUUCGAGAUUGACGAUUACGUAUUUAAUCUCUCCUCUACACCUUUGUUCUAGUUCCUCUUCCCAAGUUGAAUAACAAUUUUUGGUUGUUUAAGUUGGUGCUCUGAAGCUUACUCUCAGAACCCUUUACUCUCGAUUGUCAAAUUUUGAUAAAAUAUGUGCCAUUUUCUUUGGUAAGAGAAAGCAGGUCUUCAUGUCUGCCAGAACACAAUUUAUAUGCCUUAUUGGCCCCAUUAAACUUUUUAAAAACUUUA